UCCUUUUAAGUCAGCGUUUUUGAGAGGGAGGUUCCUGGGAAGCAUAUACACCGAGUCAAACAUCCACACUCCGCCACAGACUGCAUUAGAGUCCAGCAGACAACUGACCAUUUACACAGGAGUGGGCAUGGCUAACAAAGGUCCGUCGUUUGGCUUGAGCCGGCAGGUUCAGGAUAAAAUUGACAGCAAGUACGACCCUGAGCUGGAGCAGAUCCUGGUGGAGUGGAUUAGCCGUCAGUGUGGCUCGGGUGUGGGGAGGCCAGAGUCCGGCAAAACGGGUUUCCAGGCCUGGCUGAAGGAUGGAUGUGUGUUGAGUGAGCUGAUUAACAGCCUGUUUGCUGGAGAGAAGCCUGUGAAGAAGAUCCAAAGCUCGUCCAUGGCCUUCAAACAGAUGGAGCAGAUUUCCCAGUUCCUCAGUGCGGCUGAGAAAUAUGGUGUCACCAAGACGGAUAUGUUCCAGACUGUGGACCUGUGGGAAGGUAAGGACCUGGCCGCAGUGCAGAGGACUCUGUCCGCUCUGGGCAGUCUGGCCAUUACCAAGGAUGAAGGAACAUACAAUGGAGAUCCUAACUGGUUCUUUAAGAAAGCACAGGAGAACAAGCGAGACUUUAGUGAUGAGCAGAUCAAGGCGGGCAAAAAUGUGAUCGGCCUACAGAUGGGGUCCAAUAAAGGAGCCAGUCAAGAGGGCAUGAGCUAUGGAAGACCGCGGCAGAUCCUCUAAAAUAACAAGCCGCCACCAACACCCUCUUAUAGCCGCUAAGCAUCUCACUGGUCCUGACAAGUCCUUUUAUCUUAAACCUUAAUCUGCUUUCUCCACUCCUUUGUCUUGACACUCGCUCUUUGUAUCGAUGAACCACCGCAGUACUCGCCAUGCUUCGCCUGUGUUGCUGAAAGCCUUCAGUAAAUGGUCUCCAUAAAAUUGGCUAAAUCUGUGACUUGGAUGUGUAGAAAAAAAACUAAAAACCAACCAAAUGAUCACAGAUACACAUUUAAAUGGUCAUUUCUUUUCAUUUGGAGUGGUGACAGCCACAACAUGCCACCACUCCUUACUCUGACAUUAUUUAAUAUGAAUUCCCACAAUGCUAUGCCUGCUGUAUCAGCACCAAUAUGUUGUACAUUGUUUUAUUAAAUAAUGACUUUGAUAUACAGACA